UUCAGUUAUAUUAUUGUCUUUUUAUUUAGUUAAAAUUAUGUCCGCCGUUGACCAAAACCCAUCGACUCUGAACUACAUAAAAACAGUAAAAAAUUUUUUGGGGGCAUCAGGAAUAUGGCCGUCAAAUAUAUUCAGCGACAAGCUCCAGCCGUUAGUCUUUCGGGUUCACAGACAAACUUUACCUUACCACACUAUGCUCAUAGUUUUUGGGGGGCUACAUUACCUUUCCGACAAUUUCCAUAGAAUGAGUUUCCUCGACAUGGGGCACAUGAUUCUAUCAACGUUCUUGGCCAUGGUGACAGCUAUGAGAAGUGUCGUCCCGAAUUUAAAGGUCUAUGCUGCAUUAGUCACCAAAUUAGGGCGGGAAAUUCAUCUAAUGCAUUUUGCACAUAAAGGUCCAUAUUACGAAGAGAUGAACAAAAUGGUCGACAAAGCAUCGUAUAUUUACACAAAGUUCAUUGUUGUCGUCAUGUAUUUGGCUAUGUUGAUGUUCAAUUUCGCUCCGAUGUAUAACAAUGCCAAAAACGUGUUAAUUAGCAAAACCGAAAAUUACACUAUGGAGUUCGCGUUAUAUUACAGCUAUCCUGGGUUCAAGCCUUUGAAUUACUUCCCUACAACGACGUUGUAUAAUUUCUAUCUUUCAUACAACUGUGGGAUUAUGUUGUGCGGAUUAGAUUUGGUUCUAUUCUUGAUGAUUUUUCAACUUAUCGGCCACGUGUACAUUCUGAGGCACAACCUUGAGAACUUCCCGUCGCCUAAGAACAAAGUGGUCCUGAAUAUUGGGGAUCUGCCCAGAUACAAAAACAAAGAAAACUGCAUCGUCGAAAUGUUUGACGCGAAGGAGAACGAAGAAGUACGCGUGCGGCUGGCGGAGUGCAUAGAACAUCACAAAAUUAUCAUUCGAUUCACAGAUGAAAUUUCAAUUGUUUUCGGCCCUAUUUUAGCCUUUAACUACAUGUUCCACAUGGUCGGAUGUUGCUUGCUAUUGCUGGAAUGUUCAGCGGGAAACCAAAUAAUUCGUUAUGGGCCUCUGACGACUGUAGUGUUUGGUCAACUUAUUCAAAUAUCAGUUAUGUUUGAGAUGUUAGGUGCUGAGACGGAGAAGCUAAAGGAUUCAGCUUACUUCGUGCCAUGGGAGUGCAUGAACACCAGCAACCGGCGCACCGCUCAUAUCAUGCUGCACAAGAUGCAGGACAAAAUCAGCAUCAAAGCGUUGGGUCUGGCUGCGGUCGGAGUUAAUACUAUGAUGGGGAUUUUGAAGACCACGUUUUCGUACUAUGCAUUCCUACAAACAAUGAAUGAUUAAUUUUUUGAGUUAUCCAGUAAAUAUUAUAAAAAAUAUAUACUACAAUAAAUUAUUCAACACGCUAUAGGCACUACGCACCAUGUUAUAUUUAUAAGUUCACUCACUACUUAUUGCAUGUUAUGUUUAAUCACCAAGUGUAAUUAAAUUGUCUAAUUGUAAUUAAAAAUGAAAGUAUCAAACGUAGAAAAUCAAAAGACUUGCACAAUGAACUAACUGCAUUUACCUUAUACUGUUAAUAAAAUAAACUAUUCACGGAUAA